AUGACUGUCUCUGGCCCGUGGAAAAGAUUCUUUCCUCAUUUGAGGACCCUGCCUGAGGAUGACCAUGACUUUGGAAGCUCAGAGGAUACGACGUCUAUCGAAGGUGAAGAUCAGCCCAUUUUGGAGGUUGUUCAUGAUGAUUCGAAAAAAAGCAGCAUUGAUAGCAUUUCUCCGGACACCGAUACCAGAAAGGAUGUGUCAUUAAACGGCUCUCUGAAUGAAUUGAAGAAAGAUCUACCGUAUGAGCUAAGAGAUGAAGCAGGCCGCAAAUGGUAUAAAUGCUUCGAUGAGUAUGAAUAUAGGCUGAACAAGGAGUAUAAAGAAUCGCGCAAAUGGUAUACGUUUCUUUAUCCAAACCAUGCUACUCAAUCGAAAGCGGAACGCAGGCUUUUGUACAAGCUGGACAUUAUCAUUGCAUUUUACUUUUUGAUUCUGAACUGGUCUAAGUCCGUGGACAGUAAUAACUAUACCAGUGCCUACGUGUCGAACAUGAAAGAGGACUUGGGUAUGAAGGGUAACGAUUACAUCUAUACCAGCACUAUUGCCAAUGUUGGUGCGAUUGUUUUUCAGCUGCCCUUCAUGUAUCUGCUGCCUAGAUUCCCCUCCCAUAUAGUCUUGCCAGUGAUGGACUUGGGCUGGACAUGGUUCACAUUUGCUUGCUACAGGGCUAAGUCACUAGCAGAACUGAGGGCAUACCGAUUUAUCUUGAAUGCGUUUGGAGCUGCUUAUUAUCCAAUGUCGCAGUAUAUAAUGGGAUGCUGGUACGCACCAGACGAGAUCAGCUCAAGGGUUUGCUUGUUCUUCUGCGGGCAACUUCUCGGUGGUGUCACUUCCGGUUUACUACAAGCAAGAAUUUUCAAGAGUCUGGAUGGUGUGCAUGGUUUAGCUGGCUGGAGAUGGAUGUUCUUGAUCGACUCAAUAGCUAUCUCUCUGCCAACCGUUAUUUUAGGUUUUUUCCUGAUCCCUGGCAUCCCUUCUAAAUGUUACUCGCUGUUCCUUUCAGAUGAAGAGAUAAGAAUAGCGCGUGCAAGAAACAGGAGAAAUCAAAUUAACGAUGGUGUUGACAAAUCCAAGCUAAAACCGCUGUGGGACCUAAAUCUCUGGAAGAAAGUAUUUUGCACCCCAACUUUCUGGGUGCUAGUUGUGUUCGACACAUGCUCAUGGAACAAUAUGACGGCUUUUAGUGGUUCGUACACGUUGUGGCUGAAAUCGAAUGCAUCUUAUUCUAUUGAAAGAGUAAACAACUUGAGCGUUCUGCCAGCAUGUUUGGGCUUUAUUUACGUCUUUUUCUGUGCUUGGGGAGCCGAUUUGUUCCGCUGCAAAUGGAUAUUCAUGGUCUUUGCAGCGAUCAUGAACACAAUCUCCUGUGCUAUUCUGAUCAAGUGGGACGUCUCCAGUGGCGCCAAAUGGUUCGCUUUCCUGACGACGUACUUUAGUGUCGCGGCGUCACCUUGUCUGUGGUCAUACAUCAACGACUUCCUCAGAAUGGACCCGCAAGUGAAGGCUAUUACUUGGAUAGCUAUCUACUCGUUCUCUCAGUCAACCUAUGCGUGGAUCCCUACAUUGGCCUGGCAGACCGUUGAGGCUCCAAGAUUUAAGACUGGUUACACCGUUAGUAUUAUCUUCGGCGUGAUCUACGGUCUGUGGACCUUUGUGGUGCUUUACUUCUACAAGAGGAACGAAAAGAGGCUCGCUCUCCAAAAUGGUAUCAUCCUCUAUGAUAGCAGAAAGGGCGAAGAGAUACCAACCUUUGUCAGGACGGAUAUGAAAGAAAAGGACGGCUACUUCUACGUGAAGCACGAAUAA